UCUGGUGCGCUUCCUGGCAGCGCGCGGCAGGACGGCUGCAGCGUGAGGCACGCGCGGGAGAGGAGUCGGCUCUGUAGUCAGAUGAAUUUCAGUAUGAAGCAGAAAUUGGAUGCAGGAAAAGCCUCAGGAACUAUAAAGAGCAGAUACAUAGUUCACAAAGACAUUGAAAAUAUGCCACCCUGGGGAUAAAGAAUUACAAACAGCUUGGACCGCACUGAGUUUUCUCCCAGUGCUUCAAUGAUCUUUUAAAAGUACUGCACAGACAAUGCAAACUCAGCCCCAAGACGGACUCUUAAAAUGAUUCAGCCUUCAGCAGCAGGUUGCCUUGUUGGCAGGGUAAAUGAACCUGCUAAAUGUUCAAUCAAAAGGAAACUUUGGAGUGAUCAGCUAAUUGCAAAGACCUGCAAAGCUGAGGUUGUGGACCCAGAACAGAAAAAUGAAAAUCUAAAAGUCACUCAAGCUGUUGAUCUCAUGGUAAAAAAAAAUCCUCCUUCUCGGUAUUGGAAGGAAGUGGCUGAAGAGAGGAGGAAGGCACUGUAUGAAGUGCUUCAGGAAAAUGAAAAGCUGCACGAAGAGAUUGAACAGAAAGAUGGUGAAAUUGCCCGUCUAAAAGAAGAAAAUGAUGAGCUGGUAUUACUUGCAGAACAUGUGCAGUACAUGACAAACAUGAUUGAGAGACUAACUGGGCAGGCACCUGAUGGCCUUGAGUCACUGAAAAAUCUAGAUUUGGAGGAAUUUGAGCAGGAGGAUGAAGAGAGUGAUUCUGAGGGUGAUGUAGAUUGUGAUUCUGAAGAGUUGCCUUCACAGGUCUCAUGUGAUUCUAGGGAGAAUGCCACAGAUUCAUCUGCAGAGAAAGCUAGAAGUCUGUGAAAACGGCUUGGCAAACUUGAGUGGCCAGUGUGCACAUGGCUUCCUAUCUUAAUUGCUAAAUGACUGUUGGAAGAAUAUACUGCCAAAGUUUACCUCAGAUAAGUUACAAGUCUUGUGGAAGCUUUAAAAGUUCACAAUGGGUUUUAACUGGUAAUAUGUAGCAAUGGAAAUAGCUGUAUACUACCUAAACAAGGUAUUACAGACUGAAUUUGGUCACUUCUAUAAAAUGGAAAUACUAUGUAUUUCUAACUUGUGUAAAUAGUAUCUGUUGCUUUGACAUGAGAAUGUGUACUUGAUAAAUAAACUAAACUCUACCAAAA